AUGGACGAAACUUCAGAGUGCGGUCCUUUAGGAUUCUUACUCAGUGCAUAUCAAUCUACUCAACAGCAGAAAAGUUUGCAAAAUUUAAGAUGGAUGAAGAUUGAUGGUGCAUUGAAGAUGAGGAUUGAAAUGUUGGAUGAAGAUUACAGAGGAAACGCAGUGAAAAGUGGAGAGGAGUUCAAAGGUUCGUCAAAGUUGAAAGCUGCAGAGUCUUGUAUAGUGAGGAUUGAAGAAGCUGCGAAGAACGUGAUAUUGAUGGUGAUGAUUGAUGAGGCACAGAGCUUGAGGGAUCUUGAUACUGAGUGA